AUGCCGUCUUUGGAUUCCAUAGCCGCGCUGAAUGCCUCAGUUCCUGCUUCUGCCAUGCCACUCAUUUCUCCCAAUGCCCUUCUCCACGCCCACUUGAAGCAGAGCCCACCUCGACGCCCUUCAAACCGCACCCCCUCAGAACCACGGCCUAUCCAGCUCAACGUGGGCUCGUUGACGCAUUGCAAUGGGUCUUCCUUGGUGAAGAUUGGAGCGACGACAAUAGUGUGUGGUGUCCGCGCCGAAAUACUUCCUACGAGCGAGAUUCCCAGUUUUCGAGUCACCAAGUCGUCGGGCAGAGACCGCGCAACGCCAUCGAGGCUGAAGAAUGAGGUGGACGACCAGGAAGAUGAAGGAGACUACUCGGCGAUUCAGCUGUACAACCUUGUGGUCCCAAAUAUCGAGUUGGCCACGGGUUGCUCACCGAAACAUCCUGCCAACACGGCCCCUUCUGUCGAAGCGCAGUCAAUAUCCCAGCGCCUGCUGUCCUUGCUCCAUACCUCCCAGCUCGUCAGAACCUCUGACCUCGAAAUCAUCUAUACUCCGCCUGCUGAGUCCCAAGACCUAGAGCUAGGAAUAGAUGCGGAACCUCAAUUGAAGGCGUACUGGACGCUUUAUGUAGAUAUGAUGUGCAUCAGCCAUGGUGGAUCCAUAUUUGACGCAGCCUGGUUUGCGCUACAUGCUGCACUGCGAAACUGCCUAAUACCGAAGGCCUGGUGGGAUGCUGACCUGGAAAAGGUCAUCUGCUCAAUGGAUGUGAAAGAGGCACGCAAACUGCGGCUAAGAGGAAUGCCAGUGCCCAGCAGCUGGGGGGUAUUUGUACCAGAGAAAAGACUGUUAACCAUGCAGAAUGACGUAGGGGAUCGGUACUGGAUUCUUGUGGACUUGGACGCCUUUGAGGAAGAGUCUUGCGCGGAGGUGGGAUGUAUCACGGUGGACUGCAGCGACGGCGCUGAUUCAGCGUUGGUUUUGAGAAUUGAAAAGAGUGGCGGCUCUGAGAUCGGGGUCAAUCAGAUUGCGGAGGUGGCUGAAUUCGCCAAACAGAGAUGGCACCAGUGGAAAAAUGUCCUGGACGCCGCAUUGACUGCUUGA